GCAAACCUCAAUUUGAAACAAAUUCUGCUAUUAUCGAAGACUUUUCCAUGCCUUUAUCUUCAGUUAAAAUAUCUGAUUACGAGUCUAUUGCCAUAGCUGUUGCUUUUGAUUAUGUCUCAGAAUAA